AUAAAUUCCCAUGUCCCAACCCUCGUCGACUCGUGGUUCGUCGUUCUACUAAUUAGCUCUUCGAGAAUAGAAGCAGAGGAACGAUGUCGGGCAUGGGAGACGGAUACGUGGGCACGGCCCAAGAUGCCGUUAGGAUCCGACGGCUCGAGAAGCAGCGAGAGGCGGAGCGUCGGAAAAUUCAAGAGCUCAAAAGUAAGUCGGCUUCCGACAAGGGACAGACGGGCCUUCUGCAAUUCGGUUCCGGCACCUCCGAGAUUCUUGAGACAGCGUUUAAGAAGGAAACUGUUGGUUUGGUGACGAGAGACGAGUAUGUUGAGAAGAGGGUUACAAUUCGAAACAAAAUUGAAGAGGAGGAGAAGGAGAAGCUUCAAAAGUUACAGCAAGAGGAGGAAGAGCUUCAAAUGCAAAAGCGGAAAAAGAGGAAAAUUAAGGGAAGUCGGCUAUCGUUUGUAGAUGAUAUUGAGGAUGGGGAGAACAAAAAUGAAGAGCCAAACAAUUUUGGGCGCUUAAAAUUAGGCAAAGAUCCCACAGUUGAGACAAGCUUUCUUCCUGACAGUGAGCGGGAGGCAGAGGAGCAAUCUGAGCGUGAAAGGUUGCGGAAACAGUGGCUUCGUGAGCAAGAGCAGAUUCGAAAUGAGCCCCUUGAGAUUACGUACAGCUAUUGGGAUGGAACAGGCCAUAGACGUGUGAUCCAAGUACGCAAGGGUGAUAGCAUAGGAGAGUUUCUUCGGGCUGUUCAGCAGCAACUUGCGCCUGAGUUUCGAGAAAUUCGAACAACAUCAGUGGAGAAUUUACUAUAUGUGAAAGAAGAUCUCAUCAUUCCUCAUCAACACAGUUUCUAUGAGCUAAUUGUCAACAAGGCUAGGGGCAAAAGUGGACCGCUGUUUCACUUUGAUGUCCACGAGGAUGUUCGUACGAUUGCUGAUGCUACAAUAGAAAAGGAUGAGUCUCAUGCUGGGAAAGUUGUUGAGAGGCAUUGGUACGAGAAGAACAAACAUAUCUUUCCUGCGUCAAGAUGGGAGAUAUACGACCCAACAAAGAAAUGGCAACGUUACACCAUCCAUGGAGAUUGAUUACUCUUGGGCAAACAUCGUAUUAUGAAUUUGCUUCGUGAAUUGUUUUUCAGAAGCUAGUGAAACUGUUUUUUCAACAAUGGCUUGGGGUUGAACUUUUAUGUAUCUGUAUUACCUUUUAAUGAGAUUGAGAGCUGAGGACGCUGGGGAUUGGUGACUGCAGCUUCAUUUUCAUAUAUUGUUUAUCGAUAUACAGAUAUAGAUGUUGGAAUGGUGCUGAUGGUGGUGGAAAAUUAUGGAAUUUUGUAACUCACUAUCUUGCUUCUUCUAACCAUUAACUGAUGGUA